AUGCUCCCUCCCUCGGACUCGCUGCGGCAUCAGGCCCACAAGCUUGCUGAAGCUCGCGCAAACCGUACCGGACUUCCCUCAGCGCCGCCGCCAUACUCGCAAGUUCCCCAUGUCACCAUGGGAGGACAUAGCCUGCUGGACAUGGAUGAGGACGACAGCCCCAGUCCCAUCACCAUUACCCUGGACGCCUCAAUCCAUGUCCAGGGCAAUGGCAACACAAUCGUGCUGCCAAGCACCAGCGCCAAAGCUGCUGAGCAGCACCAGCAGCACAAUAGAAUUUCUUCGUCAGACUCAACAGCACCAUCAACAUCCGCGCAAACAACAGCAUUGCAAUCCGCCCAAAAGCAUCGCCAAAACAAACUCUCCGAGAUGGCGAGCACGAUCAUCGCCGCAUUGCGCGAAGCCGACGCCCUCCUCGAUGUCGAGAGCGGGCGCUGCCGGCCCAUCGCCGUGCAUCUCAACGCAGGCGUCAAGAUUGACGGCAGUCGCAAUGUGAUUUGCGUUGGCGCUGCUGCUGGUCCGAGCCGGAUGGGUCGUAAGAAUCUAUUAUCUGGGGAUGGGGAGGGUGUGAGUCGGAAGAGACGGGCACAGUCUGUAUGUUUGUUCCCUUUUUGA